AGUCGUGAGUAACAUCGUUUCGAAAAAAGUUUUUUUCUAGCAUUUUCCGGCAAUGCCGACCAGGUGUAUUGCUGCUGGAUGCGGCAAAACAACUAAAGAUGGGGUCAGUUUGCAUCUGUUUCCUGCAGAUCCCAAGUAUAGGCAGUUAUGGGCUGCGAAUGUCAGACUCAAAAGAACAACAGAGUGGUCCGGUCCAACGUCUUUUUCAGCGCUGUGUAGCGAACACUUCGAGCCGUCGUGCUUCGAAUCCGGAAUGCACCACACAUUUGACAUGAAGAGAAAGGUUGCUCUUAAACAUGAUGCCAUCCCAACAAUAUUUCCAGCUAGCAAGUCGAAGAAGGUACCUGAAAGACGUGUCGAACCCAGAGGAGCAUUUGCCAAACGUGAAAAAAAACGGGUACUUCUUGAAGCUUUUCAAGCAUAUGAUGCCAAGUAUUGUGGAGGUUCAGGGUCAGGAGCAGUGCCAUCGUCUAUACAAAAGCUCAAGGAAUCGACACCAGGUUUGGGGUUAGGAGCAGUGCCAUUGUCUGUACAAAAGCUCAAGGAAUCGACACCAGCUUCAGAUUCAGGAGCAGUGCCUGUGUCUAUACAAAAGCUCGGGGAAUUGACAACAGGUGGUGGCAAAGUGCAAGAUAAGAAUCUACCAACCAAUAUAGCAGACUAUUCUCAAAUGACUUGGGAUGAUGGCAAAGAGCGAGAUGAGAAUCAACCAGCUGAGAUUGCCGACUAUUUUCAAACGACUUGGGAUGAUGGCAAAGAGCAAGAUGAUAAUCUACCAACCAAGAUUGCAGACUAUUCUCAAAUGACUUUGAAUGAUGGCAUAGAGGGAGAUGAUGAUGCACUUUCUGAGAUGGCAGACUAUUCUGUGAUGACUUUUGAGGAUGGCAAAGUGCAACAUAGGAUUCUACCAACCGAGAUUGCAGACUAUUCUCAAAUGACUUUGAAUGAUGGCAUAGAGCGAGAUGAUGAUGCACUUUCUGAGAUGGCAGACUAUUCUGUGAUGACUUUUGAGGAUGGCAAAGUGCAACAUAGGAUUCUACCAACCGAGAUUGCAGACUAUUCUCAAAUGACUUUGAAUGAUGGCAUAGAGCGAGAUGAUGAUGCACUCUCUGAGAUGGCAGACUAUUCUGUGAUGACUUUUGAGGAUGGCAAAGUGCAACAUAGGAUUCUACCGACCGAGAUUGCAGACACUUCUUUGAUGCCAAUAGAUGAUAGCAAAGUGCGAAACGAAAGUGUAUUGACCGAGAUUAGAGACUCAUCUGCGAUGACUACAGAGGAUUGCAGUGAAGUGCUGGAGCAGAUCACUAAUGGAGGUGAAGAUGGUGGACAUGUAUAUGAAGGGCUACAGAGUUUCAUUCCAAAUGAGUUUAGCAGAUGGAAGAAACUUCGAGAUCAAAUGCUCCCCCAUUCCGAUCUUCUUAAAUACACUAGGAGGGUCGUUGAGGAUGAGUUUACUUCAUGGACUGAUGAUGAGGCAUUUGCAAGUUAUCUAUUGGACUGCUUAGAGUUGGAUCUGGCCCACGGAAGCGAGAUAAACCAAGAAGGAGAUGAAGACAAAGAAGUACAUACAGAGCUUCAUAGGAUAUUCCCCGAUGAAGCAGAAAGAUGGGAGUUACUAAGAGACAGAAUGAAGAACCUCCCAUACUUUGACAGAUAUGUCAAUAAUCCAGACAGGCCUAAAUGGAGAACCGACGAACUGUUCACCUCUUGUUUACUUGAUCGCUUAGAGGAGCAACUGGAAAACCUACAGCCAGCUGAAAAGAGAGAUGAGGAGUCCGAACAGCAUCACCAAGAAGAAGAUACAACAGAAGAAGAAGAGGAGGAGGAGGAGGCGGAGGAGGAUGAAGAACUCUAUGAUGAUCCCAACGAUGCAGAUUAUGUGCCAGAGUAUAUUGAGCCACGUCCUCGUAGAAAACCUGGACGCUUUUCUUCGCCUAUUCUUCCCAAAGAGCCAAAUGAAUCCUCUUCAGACAGUGAUCAGAUUGAAGAUGCUGACGUGAUGGCCAAGCCAAAGCAAAAAGUGCACCAGUGUAACAUUUGCAAGGAGCAUUUGCCAACGCAGUUUCAAGUUAUUCAUCAUUAUUUGACGCAUCAUGAAGAGGUGUAUAACAACAAAACCCCAUCUAAGAAGAAGACCACGUCACUACCGCCUACAAUGAAAGCGGAAGAUUUCUCAACAGUGCUGUGUUAUUGUAGACAAUGUGGAAGUUAUGAGGCAGAUUUGAAGCGGCAUAGACGAGAGAACCAUCAAGUUUGUAAAGUUUGUGGAGUCGUCUGUGCCUCGCAAACUUUUCUACUGAAACAUAUGGAGAGACACACCAAAACUGAGGAAGAACGCAAAAACUUAUUGUGUGAUUAUUGUGGAAAGCGCUACGUCACUCGGAAUGCAUUCAGCAGGCACCUGAAGGUGCAUCGCGGAGAGAAACUAAAGAAAUAUAAAUGCAACAUUUGCAACAUUAUCGUUGCAGGGGCUCUGAGACGGCAUAAACUUAUUCACAAUAAUGAACAACCUUUUGAGUGCAAUGUUUGCGGUCGUCGAUUCACCCAGAGGAACAACAUGUUUAAGCACACCCGUAUCCAUACUGGGAUUAAACCCUACUCCUGCGACCUGUGUGACGAGUCUUUCAACCAUAACAUCAGUCUCAAGAAUCAUAAGAAGAAAAAACAUGGAAUCGAUUGGUGGAAUAAAACUGUCUUAUCCGUUGUUAAACUUCCAGACUCCUCUCAGCAGUCAAAUUGUAAACCUGAACCUGAACCUAAACCUGGUUCUAAAGCUAAAGCUAAGCCUAAACCUAAACUUAAACCUGCUGAACCUAAAUCAAAGCCUAAACCUAAGUCAAAGCUUAAAUCUAAACCUAAGGCUAAGCCUAAAGCUAAACCUAAACCUAAAUCUGAAUCAAAACCUAAACCUGAAUCGAAACAUCAAACCAGGUCAAAGUCUAAAUCACUCAAAAGAAAAUAGAACACCCAAUCAUUUCAUGUUGCACAAUUUUUGUUUCCAACUCUUAAAACCAACAUUUGUGUUGUUUAGGCAGUGGACACUAUUGGUAAUUACUCAAAAUAAUUAUCAGCAUAAAACCUCACUUGGUAACGAGUAAU